AUGACAACAAACACUGUUCGCAGAGCACGAUUAAGCAAUAAGGUUCGUCGUUCAUGGUGUGUUCGGGAGAAAUUAAUGGUUGUACAUUAUUUAGAGCGCGGUCAUAGUAUAAAGAGCACUGCCAGGAAGUUUGAUAUUCAACCUAAGCAAGUACGUGAGUGGCAAAAUAAGAAAAGAAAUCUUCAGAAAGCCGCAGCUCACAUCUUGAAGGUUCAUGGUGGACGUCCUGCCAAAUAUCCUGUGCUUGAAAAAAGAUUAGUUGAAUGGUAUUCAGAGCUUCGUAAAAAAGGGAAUGCCGUAACCCGCAAUAUGGUUCUUCAUAGGGCAAAAUUGCUAUCUCAGGAAGAAGAAUUUCGUUCUCUCUAUCCGGAUAUCAUUCACUUCAAGUUCUCUAUUGGCUGGUUGGAUAGAUUUCUGUUUCGUGCAAAUCUAUCAAAUAGACGUCGGACUACUGUUGCUCAGCAUUUACCGGAAGAUUUGAUUGAUAAACAACAGUAUUUCUUGAGUUAUGUAUUAUAUAUGCGUCGUGAACAUAAAUUUCCCUUGCAAUAUAUUGGUAAUAUGGAUGAAACUUCACUUUCUUUUGAUUUACCUUAUUCUACCACUCUCGAAAAGCGCGGUGCAAAGUCUGUUAACAUUAGAAUUACAGGACACGAAAAAAGUUGGUUUACAGUCAUUCUAGCAUGUCUUGCAGAUGGUACUAAUAUUUCUCGUGAAACUUUACCUCAGGGCAUUCAUGUUAGAGUGAAUGAAAAGGGCUGGUGCAAUGGAGCUGAGAUGUUAUAUUGGAUUAACAAUGUUUGGAAAUUCACUAAUAAGCAGACACAUUUGGCUGUGAUUCCUGGUGGUCUGACAAGCAAAGUCCAACCACUUGAUGUGGCCAUCAACAAAAGCUUUAAGGAUAAGGUUCGGAUGUUUUAUAAUAUGGAUGGCUCUGAAGAUGAUCUGGUAUUUGAUUAUGCUAGUGUAGAAGAGGAGUUAGCAACAGAGUUGGAGGAGGAGAAAGAAAAUGUGAUUGAUAUAACUAGUAAUAUUGAUGGAGACGUUUAUGAGGAUGAUAUAUUAUAUGAGAAUAUAUGGUAG